AUGCCUGCCAAGAAGAGCUCCGGAGAGGAUGGCUCACCCACUGGCCUCACUGAUGGUGAGCUUCGAUUCAUCAAAGCCAUCUUUGACAACAUGACCCAGAAGCCCGAUGCCGACUGGGACGCCGUCGCCGAGACCCUUAGCCUCAAGGACGCCAAAUGCGCCAAGGAACGUUUCCGCCAGAUGUCGGUCCGUCACGGCUGGCGCGGCGACUCUGCUACUUCCACUCCUCGUAAGGGCGCUGCUGCUGCGACUGGAGACAAGGUUAAGAAGUCUCGCGCACCUCGCACCCCCCGCAAGCCUACCGCCAAGAAGGUGGCCAAGAAGACUGAGCCCGAAGAUGAUGAUGAAGACGGUGAGGAUGUCAAAGAUGAGGUCAAGCCCGAGAGCAAGAACGUCAAGUGCGAAGACGCGGAUGAGGAUAUGGAUUAA